CCUUAAAUAGCCGCCGCCGCCGCCACCACCACCCCGCGGCGCCUCCUUAAGGCGCUCCCCCCCCCGGAGGGAGGCGCGUAGUAUGCAAAGGAGCCAAGCCCGUGACGCGCGCCCCAGCCGCCCCCAGUCCGCCCGCGAGCAAAAGUUCGCAAGCGGCGCGGCUGCCCGGGCGAGUCUAACAUGGCGCUGGGCUGGAGCGGGCGCCUGCACGGAGGGGGCGAGGCCGGGGACUCGGCAGGGCUGCUGGCGCCGCUGCUGCUGGCUCUGGGCCCGGCGCUGGGGCUCCUACUGCUCUGCCCCACGCCCGCAUGCGCCGCGCAGGAGCAUCCCCCGGGCGCCAGCGGCGGGCCCCGGAUCCUGGGCAUGAGGUUGGAGCACAGCGACCGGCCAGCGCCGGAUCUCCAGGACUUCGGCAUUAUCCAGGUGCUGGAGGGCACCGAGAUCCAGCUGCGCUUCUACGGGCUGGGCAUGCACGCCCGCAUCUACGAGAUGGUCUCCUUCUCCGAAGUGGGCCCGGGAGGCAACGCCAGCGCCUUCUCCUCCCCCGUCUCCAGCGGGGGCAACGCCACCUGCCCCGAGAAGACGCAGGACCUGGUGGUGCAGCGGCGCGCCGGCGAGAGCAGGGAGACCUCCGCGGUGGUCUACGUGAAGGUGCAGCUCUUGCGCAAGGCGGAGGAGUCCAAGCUGUACGUCCUGUGCACCCAGAGCGGCCCCGGGCAGCCCUGGCGGCGCCUGGAGGGCGAGGAUGCCUUCCUCCGAGUGAUGGAGGAGAAGAAGCACUUGCUGCCACUCUGGUUCCAGGUCAUCCUCAUUGCCUGUCUCCUGGUCCUCUCGGGCAUGUUCAGCGGGCUGAACCUGGGCCUCAUGGCCCUGGACCCCAUGGAGCUGCGCAUCGUGCAGAACUGUGGCACCGACAAGGAGAAGCGCUAUGCCCGCCGGAUCGAGCCCAUCCGCCGGAAGGGCAACUAUCUGCUUUGCUCCCUGCUGCUGGGCAACGUCUUGGUCAACACCACCCUCACCAUCCUGCUGGAUGACCUCAUCGGCUCCGGGCUGGGGGCCGUGGUGGCCUCUACCACGGGCAUUGUGAUCUUUGGGGAGAUCGUCCCACAGGCCCUCUGCUCCCGCCAUGGCUUGGCAGUGGGCGCCAACACCAUCUUUGUCACCAAGUUCUUCAUGCUCUUGACCUUUCCCCUCUCCUUCCCCAUCAGCAAGCUCCUGGACUGUGUGCUGGGCCAAGAAAUUGGCACGGUCUACAACCGAGAGAAGUUGGUGGAGAUGCUGAAGGUGACGGAACCCUACAAUGACUUGGUGAAGGAGGAACUGAACAUGAUCCAAGGGGCGCUGGAGCUUAGGACUAAGACGGUCGAGGAUGUCAUGACCCCCCUCCAUGACUGCUUCAUGAUCAACAGCGAUGCCAUCUUGGAUUUCAACACAAUGUCGAAGAUCAUGGAGAGUGGCUACACCCGCAUCCCUGUCUUUGAGGAGGAGCGGUCCAACAUUGUGGAUAUACUGUAUGUCAAGGAUCUGGCCUUUGUAGACCCCGACGACUGCACCACUCUCAAGACGAUCACUAAGUUCUACAACCAUCCUGUCCAUUUUGUCUUCCAUGACACCAAGCUGGAUGCCAUGCUGGAGGAAUUCAAAAAGGGUAAAUCGCACCUGGCCAUUGUCCAGAAGGUGAACAAUGAAGGCGAGGGUGACCCCUUCUACGAAGUGCUGGGCCUGGUGACACUGGAGGAUGUCAUUGAGGAGAUCAUCAAGUCCGAGAUCCUGGACGAGUCGGAUAUGUACACUGACAACCGAUCCAGAAAGCGAGUGAACAACCAGAAGAACAAGAGGGACUUCUCUGCCUUCAACGACAACGACACAGAGUCCAAGGUGAAGAUCUCCCCGCAGCUGCUGCUCGCCGCUCACCGCUUUCUCUCUACGGAAGUGACACAGUUCACCCCAGGCCUUAUUUCGGAGAAGAUCCUGCUCCGCCUGUUGAAGCACCGCGAUGUCAUCCAUGAGCUGAAGUUUGACGAGGAGAACAAGAAGUCCCCCCAGCACUUCCUCUUCCACAGGAACAAGCCGGCUGACUUCUUCAUCCUCAUCCUUCAGGGCAAAGUGGAGGUGGAGGCCGGCAAAGAGAACAUGAAAUUUGAGACGGGGCCUUUCUCCUACUAUGGGGUGAUGGCUUUGAGUCCAUCCGUCACUACAAUUUCAGAGGUGCGCUCUCCGUCUCAUAUGAGUAACCUGAAUCGGUCGGCCUCCCUCUGCUACCACGAGCGCUCCAAUUCCAUCUCCUCUAACUUCAGCGGCAGUAACAACCAACUCAGCGCCAACACCAGCAGCCAGUACAUCUCUGACUUCAGCGUUCGCGCCCUCACGGACCUCCAGUAUAUCAAGAUCACACGCCUCCAGUACCAAAAUGGCCUCAUGGCCUCGCGCCUCGAGAGCUGCCCCCAGUCUCCUGAUGGCAGCCCCCCCAAAUUGGACACCUCCUUGUCGGAAAAGGGGGACACCUCAGUGACUGACGAGAUGACCAGCCUCUUGAAUGAGAGGAACUGCCAGCAUCACAAGACUAACCACAGCCCCCCAGACGACGUCGUCUGACCUUUGCCUUCGGACAGCCUGGUCCAGCUCGCUUUGCCUCAACCCUUCCCUUCCAAAGACAACCACAGGGGGCGCCGGGGGGCUACGAGAGGAUAUUGAUUGUGCACCUAUAAACCUCAGGUAGCAGUUGCAGUCAGGGAGAGAGAGAGAGAGAGAAUAUCCUGGUCAUUUCCCCCCCUCAUUUUUCACACACACACACACACACACACACUCUUGCAGGAUGGUUUGAUCUGUUCAAGGCAGGCAGCCUAACCUCGAAAGCAACUGCUCAGCUGCCGGCGACAAGGAUACGGAUUCUGGAUACUAAAGGGAAUCUUGGUCAUGGAGGGCCAGAGCCUAAAUUGCCUGCUACGAUCCAGAUUCACCCCGGUUUCCAUUUCAGCCGGAGAGGGCGGAGCAGGCGGCUUGGCUGCUCCAAGGAUUUCUCGAGGGAGCUUGCUUGCUGCGGUUUUUGUAUGGCAGCUUUUUAUUUAAACAGACAGAAAAUAGAGACAAAGUGUCACGGUGGCCGGGCGUAUUUUAGAAGAGAGGAACCCUGCCUGGCUCUUCUGGUGGGAAUAACUCUCCCUGCCUCCGUUCCAGUGGCUCAUAGGUACAGAGACUGCGCAGGACUCGCUGGAAGGAAUUGAGGGCAAUCGCUGUUGUCAGACCAAGACAUAAGCAGCCGCCUGCUGAUAGGACAAGAAUCCUUUUCCCAUCUCAGGAAGAUCUGAAUCUUGUAUUUUGUCUGGGGAUAUUUUCUGUUCUUUUAUUUUUUUAUUUUAUAUUUUUUAUCAAGCCCGUUGGGCAUUAGACAGGAGAGAAGGGUCCAACAAGUAUUGGGGCAGGGUUUAAAAUUCGGCAGAAUCUUUUCCCCUGCCUACCUUCAGCGGGGAGUCUAUUCCGGGGAGAAUUAUUGCUAUUUCCCCAUUCAAUUUCCAUUCCCAUUUGGUUCUAAGGUUGUGUCCGAACUCAAGGAAUCAAAACAAGGCCACAAUGAAUUACCCCAAGGAUAAUUAGAUGAAUUAUACCACUUCACAUGGCAAGCGAAUGCUUUCUCUGUGUAUCAUAAACCUCUCUGGAAAUAGAAAAACGAGCACAGCAGGGAGAGAAGGCUGGGCUAGAAUAUUUCUCCCUGAUGCCUACUUUUCUACUUGCAGGGAAUGUUAUUUUCUCUUAGUUGUUCCUCUUGUUUGUUUUUACUUGGAGGAGCAUCCAGAAAUGGUAACCUCCAAAUACAAUCUCAAACGGUACAGGCCAUUCUGCCAGCUUAUUCUUCCGUGUAGAUCAGGACAAGACUAUCACCCCCACCCUGGAAACCAGGCUCCUGGUUUCAAGGUGCCAUGCUUGAUAGAUCCAAUGGCAGUCCAGGAACCAGUUGUGGGAUACAACCAGUUGUGUACCUGACAUUUGGGCUCACAGGGUUGUUGGUAGCAUCAUUAAGAGUCGGAGCAAGGCGUGGCCCUUUAUUCUUUUGGAAUUCCAGAAGUCAAGCAUCUUCUUUUGGAGGUGGCUCAAAUAUGUGGUUAUGAUUGAAAUAAUAAAUUGUAUUUUGCUUU